CAGCGACCACCUCGACUCCGGACAGCAUUCAUCCUUUGCUGUCUUGCAUCUUCACAACACCCUUCUUCACGACCUCCUCUAUCUGCCUUGCUCACUUCAUCUACCAAAAUGUCCUUUCUUGGCCGCGGUUCAACACCCUCCUCGGGUGGUAUCAAUCAGGAGCGCGUAGAAAUGGCUACUCAGGAGCUGGACAUGAUUACAGACAUCUUUAACCGCCUCGUCUCGUCAUGUCACGCCAAGUGCAUUAGCACACGGUAUGCGGAGGGCGAACUCAACAAGGGCGAAAGCGUCUGCAUUGACCGCUGCGUUGCCAAGUUCUUUGAGGUCAACAAGAAGGUCGGAGAGAAGAUGCAAGCCGUCGGCGCGGCGGCAGGAGCAGGCCCAAGCGGAUUCACUUCGCUAUGAGGUGGAAGCUGUCGCUCACCGUCGCCUUACAACGCCCCACACAUCAGUGUGUCGAUGCCAGAUACUCCAGGUCGCCCUUCGCCAUCCCCACUUGCUUUGCAUGAUAUAGCUGUAUCCGUACCAUCGUCUAAUGCAUCACACCACACGCACAAUCGCUCGCCCACUCUAGU